AUGGAUCUUGUUUUUGGAAGAGUUCCCAAAAGUUCAUCUGUGCUUUUUGUGAAGAGACACAAAGUACCUAAAGAUAGUAUUCAAGAUUACGAUAUAUUUAUUUUCCAAAGGAAUCCAAAUACCAAAUUUGGAGGUUUAUAUGCCUAUCCUGGAGGUAAAAUAGAGUCGCAAGACUCUAUCGACCAUUGGGAAAGCAUUUAUAAGCAUUGACCUUCAUCUUUUGCAAGAUUUGAAGACUUUUCACUGAGAAUUACAUGUCUUAGAGAACUGUAUGAGGAAUGAUUUAUCUUGCCUUGAUAUCAAAAUGGAGAAUUUAAGGUUCUCACAAAGGAAGAUAUUGAUACAUCUGAGAUAAAGACAGAUCGUUUCCCAGAAUUUUGUAAAUCGCUUCAGGUUCUACCAGCAUUGGAUAGACUAAAAGCUUGGAAGAGGAUAACUCCUCCUCACAAUAUUUCAAGGAGGGAUGAUACCUUGAUAUAUUUGUAUUUUAUAGAGAAUGAUGAGGAUGAUUCCAUUAUCCUCAAUCAAGAUGAACUUACUGAGUAUAUCUCAGGAUCUCCUUGUGAGAUUAUGAAGCAGUACUCUGAUGGGGAGAUUCUGAUGGUACUACCCCAACCAGUUACCAUUUGAUGGUGAGGGUAUUUUACUGCUUAUGAUGAACUUAAAAUGGCAGCAGAGAAAGCAGACAAUAGUAUUGCUACAUAUUUUGAGAUGAGGAGUGAUAUUGUUCCUGUACCUGAUUCAUCUCUGAAUCGGGAUACUAAAAUUAACUCAAUAUCUAAGUUUUCAGAAAUGUUUAAUGAUUUUGACUAUCUUGAACCUGAAAUGAGAGAUGAGAAGUGCCAAUUAAUUCUCUUCGACACUCAAGUUCCUGAGGAGUACCAGUUUAAUAAUGAGCAAGUUAUGAAAAGGAUUAUGAAUAAAGGAGAAAAUGAUGGGUUAAAAAUAAUGAUCAGGAUUUACCCAGGUGAUUUUGCACAUCCAAAUGAAUCCUUUCCUUGGGUUGUAAAACCCUAUUAUAGACACAGGGUGUAUUACUAUGCAUACAGGAUUUUUAGAUACGAAAUCUCAAGACCUAUUUUUGAAAGGUAUUUCAAGUACUCAGGAUAUUCUAAGAUUUAG